GUUUGGACACAGUGCAGAACCUACUGUCCGUUGCCAUACCUGAUACAUUGACACAGGACUUUGUAGGGCGUGCCAGGGCGUGUUUUCUACAAAUCAUUAGCAACAGUAGAAAAUCACCGCACAUAUGUGAUUAGAGCCAGCUGUAAAGAUAUAAACGUUUUGACAUUCAAUGACUGAGGCUAUCGCUAAUGGAAGAGAUCGAAGAAAGAGGGGUGCAUGGCGAAUAGUUAUUUCCUAGUAGGCUACUCCAAUGCAUGCAGUUUGUGUGGGUAGACUGUUUCCUGUUUUCCGUUGGAGCCGAGCUUAAAUAAUUUAUCACAUCUGGACUCUAAUAACACGCUGAGAUGCAAACCUUUCUAAAAGGCAGGAGAGUGGGCUACUGGCUCAGUGAUAAGAAGAUGAAGAAGAUGAAUUUUGUGGCCUUCGUGGACAUGUGCAGGAAACGAGGCAUUGAGAUGGUUCAGCUGGACCUUAGCCAGCCCCUGGAGGAGCAGGGCCCCCUGGACGUUAUCAUCCACAAACUGACUGACCUCAUCCUGGAGGCGGAGAAGAACGACACGCAGGCCCUGCUGCUUGUGCAGCGUGUGCAGGACUACAUCGAGGCCCACCCCGAGACCAUUGUGUUGGACCCGCUGCCUGCCAUUCGCACCCUGCUGGACCGCUGCCGCUCCUACCAGCUGAUCCACAGGAUAGAGAGCUGCAUGCAAGAUGACAGGAUCUGUUCUCCUCCCUUCAUGGUCUUGAAUGGCGAGUAUGGACCGGACACUAUGAGGCAGAUCGAGAAGCACGGAAUCACCUUCCCGUUCAUUUGCAAAACACGGGUAGCACAUGGCACCAACUCCCAUGAGAUGGCGCUAAUCUUCAGUGAAGAAGACCUGAAGGACAUCAAGCCCCCUUGUGUGGUCCAGAGCUUCAUCAAUCACAACGCUGUGCUGUAUAAGGUGUUUGUGGUGGGAGAGUCCUACACCAUGGUGGAGCGGCCCUCGCUCAAGAACUUCCCCUCCGGACCUGCAGAACGAGGAGCAAUUUUCUUCAACAGUCAUAACGUUUCCAAGCCAGAGUGUUUUUCAGACCUGACUUCUAGGGAUAAUGCGGAGGGGGUAUUCCAGCUGCCCAGUGAUGAUGUCAUCCGAGAACUGUCCAAGGCCUUGCGUCAGGCGCUAGGGGUGUCCUUGUUUGGUAUCGACAUCAUCAUCAGCAACCAGACGGGCCAGCACGCUGUUAUCGACAUCAACGCCUUCCCAGGUUACGAGGGUGUCCCGGGGUUCUUCACCGACCUCCUGAACCACAUCACUGGGGUCUUGCAAGGCCAGGAGCCCGAGUGCGCCCCCUCUGGGCCGCACAGGGACAGUGCGGUGGGCCAGACCCCCAACACCGGCGACCGGGCCUGCGGCGCCAUUCUGGGUAAAGACGGAGCCCGAAUGGCGGAGAGCGAGUCUGCGAAAAAGGCCCAGGGCCAGAGAAGAGGCUGCAACGCCGACCUGUCCCCCAACUUCCAGCCACACUGCCUGUGUCCUAUAGCCACCAACGCCUCCUCCCAGUGACAGACACUGGACUCCAGCCUGACCUGCCUCACCCCGGCUGACCUGCCUCACCCCCUGACUAAUAAAAAGCUAACAUGUCCGUAACCAGACAAAACUUUCCAAGGACGAGGAGGGGGGAAGAAGAUGAAGAUGAAGAGUAGAUUUGUGGCUUACUGUCUUUUUCGUUUUCGUUCCGUUUCGUAGUGUUGCAGCAGAACUUUGGGAGCUUGGGAUAAUGCUUUCUUGUUGUUGCCUUCGUAUUCAUCUGGAGGGAGUGAAAUCAAAUGAUUGUGUGUGUGUGUGUGUGUGUGUGUGUGUGUGUGUGUGUGUGUGUGUGUGUGUGUGUGUGUGUGUGUGCAAUGCUCAAAAUGCGACUGGUUCUCAAGAAAAUUCCACGGUAGACUAAAACAAUUUGUCUAAAACAAAUUAUCCCUACACUACCUGCCUCAGUUUAUUCAUAGUACUGUAAGUUUCUGAGUGCAGAUGGGAAACUGAAAUACAACAUGUUUAAUUUUAUUGUAAGAUAAUAUAGAAUGCAAAUUAUAUUUUAUUGAAUCAACAUUCCUUUUUGUGAGUAGUGUGAACAACAUUUAGUUUAGUAGCCUAAUUUUUUUUGCUUCUGCCCACGGUUUUCUUUGAAGCUUUUUACAUAGUGCUGUGGAAUUCUUGAUUUGACUUUUUAAAUCAAAUACUGUGAUUUGAUGAAAGAAAAACUAUUCAUAACAACUUACCCAAAAUGUCCUGCAUGCGCAUCUUUCUUGAUUUUGUGCUUGUAUGCGGUUGUGUAUCCUGUCUCAGGACAGGAGAGCACUCCCAGAACAUUUGUAUUCAAUCUCCAGCACCUCAAUCUCCCUGCAAUCCCUCCCUGCAGAAAAAAGCUAGGUUUUUAAAUGGCUGGUAGCUGGUUCACCAGUACAGACCAGCUCUCUGCUUGAUAUAGUUUGACCAACCCAAGCUGUGUUUUGACCAGCUACCAGCUCAGACGACCUACCAGCACUAGCUGGUUGACCUGCUCAUGCCCAGCUGAGCCAUGUUAUCACAUGUCAAGCUGGCAUAUCUGUUUUUGUACAGCAAGGCUCACUCCCUAAAACCCCAAUUGUAUUUCCUUCUGAAUAUCACCUCUGGUAUUAGUGUCAUUUAAUCCCAAAAUGAUCCAGGACUGACAUCUGACUGUUUCUACGUCUUUUUCGCUAUUAUCAAUAUAGGCUUUUCUCAUGUUGGGCAUCACUACUAUGUACUAUCAGCUAGGAACUCUUCAAAUGUAUAAAUACCUAACUACUAAGGAUGGAGAAGAUUAUUUUGAAUUGUUAUUGUUAUUUUUCUUUUGUAUAAUUUAUAUACAUACAGUACAUGUACCCACAGAGCUUGGGUAAGCACUGGGUGAGUGAUAGAGGGGCGUGUCCUCAGGGGUCGUACUCAGGAGAGUGAUUGACAGCUCCAUACGUGUAGAAGCUUGUGUGCUUUCUACUCCUUCAUGGUGCAUAAAAGGGGAAACUCGGUGCCUGACGUGCUAUUCCUCUAAUCCCAGCAAUGUUUUAGUGCUGUUAGCUUCCACUUGAAUGUUUACAUAUCUUCACACGUAUAUAUGGUUAUCUUCAUAUAUAUGUUUUUUUUUCUUUGUUUUUUUUCGAUUUCUUCUUGAGAAAAGAAUUACAUUUCUGUGGCCUUUUUAAUGAUGUGAAUAAAUCUGGGGGAAAAUGAAAUAAAUAUAGAAUAUUAACUUGA